UUCAGCUUUUUGUGUCCUGGAAAUGAACGCUCUUUUUGUGGUAUUCAAAUCCGAAGAAUCUUCUUCCUUCAAGUCUCAUUUGCAGUUCCCUUUUGUCAACUUCUUUUCCUCAGAACAGACUCCCACUUUUCCCUCUUCAUUCGUAUGUAGUUUUUCUUCGCACCCGUUGUCGUCAUUGCUCUGCCUCAGCGGAGCCGGUGAUUCAUAUAAAGCUCACAAAUAUCAAUACACUAGACGGUUUUACGCUGCCGGCAUUGAUUUUUUAGGCCAAGGAUCAUUGUCUCCGUUGGAACUGUUAAACGGGGUUUGGUUGGAAGAUUUUAAUUAAGGUUUUGGAAACUUUUUGAUCCGGGUUGGACCUGGUCGGAGGGAGGGUGAGUGGGAAGACGGCGAAAUCUGACAGUGUCAGGCAGACACGCGCUUGCUCCUACUUGCUCUGGGACAAAUUUCAAACUUGUGCGGUUGUGUUUGAGUUGGUCCUGUAGAGGAGGAUAACUGGAUAUUACGAUGGCCUCGAAGUCUCAGUUCUUGAGAGGUUCAUCAACUGUUCGAAGAAUCACCCAAUUAAGCAAUGAUCUUGAUGCGGAAAGUGAGAAUGGGAACAAUGGGAAUCUUGCCACCUACACGGUUCACUUACCUCCUACCCCGGAUAACCAGCCGAUGAAAAUCACCAUGGAAAGAUCGUCUUCUCGGAGAGUAGAAGAUCAAUAUGCAUCAAGUUCUAUGUUCACUGGUGGUUUUAAUCAGGCCACACGAGCCCACUUGAAGGACAAGGUGAUUGAAUCCGAAACGAUUCAUCCCCAGAUGGCUGGUGCAAAAGGGUCGCCUUGUGCAGUGCCUGGCUGUGAUGGAAGGGUCAUGACUGAUGAGAGAGGAUUGGAGGUAUUGCCCUGCGAUUGUGACUACAAGAUUUGUGCAGAUUGUUAUAGAGAUGCUGUGAGAACUGGUGAUGGGAUUUGUCCUGGAUGCAAAGAACCUUACAAGCAGCUGCAAUUGCCCGAGUAUGCUGUGUCUAAUCAUCAAGUUCAACCAGCGUCACCUUCUGUUGGGCUUUCAAAGAUGGAGAGGAGGUCGUCCUCGAUAAAAUCUAACUCAGGGGCAUUGAUGAAGAGCCAAAGCAAUGAAUUUGAUCAUAAUCAAUGGUUGUAUGAAACUAAGGGAAGCUAUGGAUAUGGCAAUGCUAUGUGGCCUAAAGAUUCAGAUAAUGAUUCCAGUUCUGAGUGGAUGACUGGCGAUCCCAAGGUAUUCCAAGAAAAACAGUGGAAACCUCUGACACGAAAAUUGAGUAUCUCCGCUGCAAUUCUCAGUCCAUAUAGGCUCUUAAUUUUUGUUCGGAUGGCGGUUCUCGCUCUUUUCCUAAAAUGGAGGGUCGAAAACCCCAAUGAUGAUGCCAUUUGGUUGUGGGGCAUGUCUGUGGUUUGUGAAAUUUGGUUUGCCUUUUCUUGGCUGCUCGAUCAACUUCCCAAGCUCUGCCCCAUAAACCGUUUUGCUGAUCUCGAUGUUCUAAAAGAGAAGUUUGAAACUCCUAAUCCCAGCAAUCCUGCUGGCAAGUCUGAUCUUCCAGGAAUAGAUGUUUUUGUGUCAACUGCAGAUCCGGAAAAAGAACCUGUACUUGUUACUGCUAACACUAUUCUCUCCAUUCUUGCUGCUGACUAUCCUGUUGAAAAGCUUUCAUGUUAUGUCUCUGAUGAUGGAGGUGCACUUCUAACCUUUGAGGCCAUGGCUGAGGCUGCCAGUUUUGCCAACUUGUGGGUUCCUUUUUGUCGGAAACAUGAUAUUGAGCCGAGGAAUCCAGAAUCUUAUUUUAAUAUGAAAAGAGAUCCUUAUAAGAACAAGGUGCGCUCUGACUUUGUUAGAGAUCGCCGGCGGAUUAAGCGGGAGUAUGAUGAAUUCAAAGUCCGGGUCAAUAGUCUCUCUGAUUCAAUCAGACGACGUUCUGAUGCUCUUAAUGCUAGAGAGGAGAUCAAAGCAAUGAAACGUUGGAGAGAGGAUGGAAAUGAUGAACCGUUAGCUUUGAAGCUUCCUAAAGCUACUUGGAUGGCUGAUGGUACUCAUUGGCCUGGUACUUGGACGACUUCUGCACCAGAACAAUCAAGGGGUGAUCAUGCUAGUAUCAUACAGGUAAUGUUGAAACCCCCAAGUGAAGAACCACUUACAGGCACAACAUCAGAGUCAAAUGCCAUUGAUUUCACUGAAGUUGACAUUCGUCUUCCCAUGCUAGUCUAUGUUUCUCGUGAAAAACGACCUGGCUAUGAUCACAACAAGAAGGCUGGGGCCAUGAAUGCUUUGGUCCGAGCCUCCGCUGUUAUGUCCAAUGGUGCUUUCAUUCUUAACCUGGACUGUGAUCACUAUAUCUAUAAUUCCCAGGCAAUGAGGGAAGGAAUGUGCUUCAUGAUGGACGUUGGUGGGGAGAAGAUCUGCUACGUUCAGUUUCCACAGAGGUUUGAAGGAAUUGAUCCUUCUGAUCGCUAUGCUAACCAUAACACAGUCUUCUUUGAUGUAAACAUGCGAGCUCUAGAUGGCCUUCAAGGUCCUGUAUAUGUUGGCACGGGAUGCUUGUUUCGAAGGACUGCACUUUAUGGCUUUGAUCCACCACAAAUGAAAGAAAAGACCAGUUGGUUUGGUCGUAGGAAAUCCUCCUCAACAGUUGCCUCUGCCCCUGAAGUUGAUUCCAGUGAGGAUCAGUCUCUAUACAAUAACGAUGAAGAAAUGGGCAUUGCUCUCAUCCCUAAGAGAUUUGGCAACUCAAGUCUUCUUGUUGACUCAAUUAAAAUAGCAGAAUUCCAAGGACGUCCCCUUGCUGAUAACCCAGCCAUAAAAAAUGGAAGACCACCUGGUGCUUUAACCAGCCCUCGCAGUCCUCUCGAUGCAUCCACUGUUGCAGAAGCUGUCAAUGUCAUCUCAUGCUGGUACGAAGACAAGACAGAAUGGGGCCAUAGAAUUGGGUGGAUUUAUGGUUCUGUAACUGAGGAUGUUGUGACGGGUUAUAGGAUGCACAAUAGGGGAUGGAGGUCUAUUUACUGUGUGACCAAGAGAGAUGCCUUCCGUGGGACUGCUCCUAUAAAUCUCACUGAUAGGCUACACCAGGUCCUUCGAUGGGCUACCGGUUCUGUUGAAAUCUUCUUUUCUCGAAACAAUGCCCUCUUGAGCAGCUCAAGGAUGAAGUUUCUUCAGAGGAUUGCUUACCUUAAUGUUGGAAUCUACCCCUUCACUUCAGUCUUCCUCAUUGUUUACUGCUUCCUUCCUGCUCUUUCCCUCAUUACUGGCCAGUUCAUUGUUCAGAGCCUUGAAGUAACCUUCUUAGCCUACCUCUUAGGCAUCACGUUGACCCUUGUUUUCCUUGCGGCCCUCGAGAUCAAAUGGUCCGGCAUCGACCUGGAAGAAUGGUGGAGGAAUGAACAAUUCUGGCUGAUUGGAGGUACAAGUGCUCAUCUUGCUGCUGUGCUUCAGGGCCUACUUAAAGUGCUGGCUGGAAUAGAGAUUUCCUUCACACUGACAUCAAAAUCUGCUGGAGAUGAUGAAGAUGAUGAGUUUGCUGAUUUAUACAUACUCAAAUGGACAUCUCUGAUGAUACCACCUGUGACAAUCAUGAUGAUAAACUUGAUAGGCAUUGCCGUUGCAUUGAUCAGAACAGUGUACAGUGAAAAUCCAGAAUGGAGCAGUUUGCUUGGAGGUGUGUUCUUCAGCUUCUGGGUUUUGGCUCAUCUGUUUCCUUUUGCAAAAGGGCUUAUGGGAAGAAGAGGGAGAACACCGACCAUUGUGUAUGUGUGGUCUGGUUUGAUAGCCAUCUCUAUAUCACUACUUUGGGUUGCCAUUGAUCCUCCCUCUGGAAGUGGGAAUCAAAUUGGGGGAGCUUUUCAAUUUCCUUGAUGAGUACUGUGCGCUCAACUUUUUUUUCCCCCCCUGGUAGCACCUCUUGUAAGUAAUCCCUGAUAGAACCUUGUGCUGGUAUAGAUUAUUUUUUGUACUUAUCAUUCAUUAUUGACCUUCAUAUUGCUUAGAAUUUUUUCAUUA